GUUCCGAUUGGUUAGAGGCCCCACAGAUGCGUAUGUGCUACGUCAGGGAGGUGUGAGGUGAUGCAUUUCCUGUCACCAUAUACCGGCUGCGAGCUCCGUGCCAGACCAUCAGCUGCUGUCUCCGUCACUCCGUCUAUGGCCCGUCCCCGCUCGUUGGUGUCUCCGCUCCUCAGCGGCGUCUUCUGCCAGUGUGACACGAAAUCCGGUGCCCCUCACACCCACGACUCACCGUCCCCAUCCUCCCUGGCGGCCGCCCUUGCCGCAGAUCCAUGCGGCGGAGUCCUGUGCGGCGGCCCCGAGCAUGAGCGCCGGCUGCAGAUCCUCUUCCAGGUGCUGGAUGUCAACCAGGACGGGGCCAUCUGUAUCAAUGACCUGACUGUGGGCCUCCAGCGACUCGGGGUGCACCGGACGGAGCUGGAGCUGCUGAAAAUAGUGAAAGCUGGAGAUAAAGAUCGGGAUGGGCAGCUGGAUUUUGAGGAGUUUGUGCAUUACCUCCGUGAUCACGAGAAAAAACUGAAACUAGUCUUCCGUAGCCUGGACAAGAAGAACGAUGGACGGAUUGACGCCCAGGAGAUAAUGCAGUCUCUCCGAGACCUUGGCGUGAAUAUCUCUGAGCAGCAGGCUGUGAAGAUCUUGAAGAGAAUUAGGAAGGGCCACCGCUGGGGUCCUGUCACCCACAUGGAUAAAAAUGGCACCAUGACAAUAGACUGGAAUGAGUGGAGGGAUUAUCAUCUCUUGCAUCCUGCAGAGAACAUUCCUGAAAUCAUCCUGUACUGGAAGCACUCUACGAUCUUCGAUGUGGGAGAGAAUUUGAUUGUCCCAGAUGAGUUUACAGUUGAAGAGAAGCAGACAGGAAUGUGGUGGAGGCAUCUGGUGGCUGGUGGUGGAGCUGGCGCAGUGUCGCGGACAUGUACGGCCCCCCUGGAUCGGCUGAAAGUUCUCAUGCAGGUCCACGCGUCUCGCAGCAACAACAUGUCCAUAGUGGGUGGCUUCACGCACAUGAUCCGGGAAGGAGGCUUCCGCUCCCUCUGGAGGGGGAAUGGCAUCAAUGUCAUCAAAAUUGCCCCUGAGUCUGCAAUAAAGUUUAUGGCUUAUGAACAGAUUAAACGGCUAAUUGGUAGCGAUCAAGAGACUCUGGGAAUUCGUGAGAGACUGGUGGCGGGAUCUCUGGCUGGUGUCAUUGCGCAGAGCAGCAUUUACCCUAUGGAGGUGCUGAAGACGCGGAUGGCUCUGCGCAAGACUGGCCAAUACCAAGGCAUGUUGGACUGUGGAAAAAAGAUCUUGUGGAAGGAAGGCAUGGCUGCUUUCUACAAAGGAUAUGUCCCCAAUAUGCUGGGGAUCAUCCCAUAUGCUGGCAUCGACCUGGCAGUGUAUGAGACACUGAAGAACGCCUGGUUGAGUAGAUAUGCCACAAGUAGUGCUGACCCUGGAGUCUUUGUGUUACUGGCCUGUGGAACCAUGUCCAGUACAUGUGGGCAGCUCGCCAGCUAUCCCCUGGCUCUGGUCAGGACUCGCAUGCAAGGGCAGGCUUCUGUUGAAGGUGCCCCGCAGAGAACAAUGUGUAACCUCUUCAAGCAUAUCCUAAAGACAGAGGGAGCAUUUGGACUGUACCGGGGCCUGGCCCCUAAUUUCAUGAAGGUGAUCCCUGCGGUCAGUAUCAGCUAUGUGGUGUACGAGAACCUGAAGCUCACACUGGGAGUGACUUCUCGGUGAGGUGCUACGUGGGUGCUGGACAUUAGACUACAGUUUUGGGGUCUCACUCCCUGGAUGUGAACGGCCCCGUCUUCAUUCUGUGAAUGUGUUUAACACUAAAAGCAACGGUGUAAAGUUGUGAGAAGCCCAGAAACAGAAGGAUGUGAGACUUCCGCCUCGGCAUGCCAGGAACUCUUGACCCAAUGUCAAUGCUUAAUCUCAUUCCGUCCCCUGUUUGGGGAUCCGUAGCAUCUUCCAAGCUGGCCCUGUUUACAUUUGUCUAAUUUAUUGAUAUUUUAUUUUGGUUUCUCAAACUUUUUUGGUUAUCUUUAUAUAUGAAGCUUAUCAAAGUGUAGCAUGUCUCCUGAGUGUAUGUAAAAUCCUGACAUGCGGCAUGCAUAUCCACAAAGUGCAAUUGAUGAACCGGAGAGGUGGGGCAUCUUAUGCGUAGCUCCGUGUCAGUCGCUGUCUGUCUUCUGUUGCGGAACUGCAGUGAUUGUGUAUUUCUUUAGAAUAUCUGGUUUUCUGGGUUCCACAUCAACUAGAAACCUUGAAGCCUGGAACUACUUAAUAUAUUGAUGUUGGCACCGAAAUGGAUUUUCCAUUUAUUGCUUAAAUAGUACUGUGAGACUCCCGUAGCACUCUGGUCGCUGAAGCCCAGCAGUAUGCGCUCCUGGGUUAUAUGCCCACGUCACCUGUACAAAAUGAAGGUAGUCAUUUGUAGUGGCCUGAACACCCGUUUAGCAAGACUAUCAGUGCAAUGGGAUCUAGUGACCUCAGGUGUGCAGCUCUUUGUGCCUCAUGCCUCAGUUUUGACUAGUUCCUGAUGAUAGGAUAUGUAUAGGUCAAGUAAAAAUGGCCAUCUGAGCACUGUGUAAGUGAUUUGGUGUUACAAAAGGUGAAGUCCGUCCACCCUAGGCUUUUACGAUAUGUAUGUCAAUUACUAUUGCCUGGUUCCUUAGCACAGCAGUGUUGUCUGGUUACCUAGCAACAGCAGUGUCUUAAGCUCCCCUACCCCCUUCCCAUAUCUCCUUGAAUACUGCUAACCAUACAUGGGAUCAUUACCUCUGUCCAUCCAGGACAGUGUUGCACAUUCCUCUUUUAUUUGUUAUGUUUUGACUGCCGAGCUUGUAUAUUUAUUAUAUAUUUAUUUUAAAACAAA